GAGAAGAGGAUCGCCCGCUAUCCCUACCAGUGGACCCUGAUGGAGAGAGACAGGCGGCUGUCGGGGGUCGACAAGUACUACGUCUCCAAGGGUCUGGAGAACAUAGACUAA